UAAAUGGUUUGGUACUCGCGUGCGUUUAUGUCGGGCCUGGCUGUUCUGCAUUUCUAGAUUUCUGUGUAUCGUCUUGCGUUUUAGUUCGUGUGGUCGUUUUGAAAUGGCUGGAGUGCUAUUCGAAGAUAUUUUUGAUGUGAAAGAUGUUGACCCCGAGGGAAAAAAAUUUGAUCGUGUUUCUCGACUUCACUGUGACAGUGAAUCUUUCAAAAUGGACUUGAUUUUGGAUGUAAACACACAGGUUUAUCCAAUGGAACUUGGAGAUAAGUUUCGACUUGUUCUUGCAACAACUUUACAUGAAGAUGGGGCACCAGAUGAUGGAGAAUUCAACCCAUUGUGGGAUCAGCAACCCACCCGUGCAGAUCAGUUUGAAUAUGUCAUGUAUGGAAAGGCAUACAGGAUAGAAGGGGAUGACACUGGCAGCGAAGUUGCAUCCAGACUUUCAGCUUAUGUGUCAUUUGGCGGUCUUCUUAUGAGACUGCAAGGAGAUGCAAACAAUUUACACGGCAUGACCGUUGAUCAGAAUGUUUAUUUAUUAAUAAAGAAAUUGGCAUUCUGAUCAAGACUGGAGCGAGCCAUUUUGAAAGACUGUCAAUUCAAGGACAAAGAACUAUCAUCUUGACUGGCGAUACCUAGUUACAACAUUCAGGACUGAUGCAGCUGCUUUGUUUUCUCAAGAUGUAACAUCAAGAACAAAUCAAUCAGUUUUGUGUAAAGGUUACUGAACGGCAGCUCCCCUAUUUCCAAGUGAAGAAAAAAACUUGCGACGGUUCAACUAUCUCAAUUUUAUUCUGAAGCAAAGUAGGAAAUAAUAUUUAACAUCUGGCUUUGGGUAUUGCGUUUGCACAGCAGCACAUACAUAAUACUAUAGGCAGUAAUCGCAGCUUGGUCUCAUCCUGAAACUUUCUUGGCCUCCUAAUGUUUCUAGCCAAUGAGCAAUUCGUCAACAGUAAAAAAUCAGCAUGCUUUCUUCUCUCUGCCAUCAGCCACAUAGACAUCCUUAUGAAUUGUGCGAUUAGCUCUGUUACUCAAAUAGGAAUUCCAGAACAAUGCGACUAUUUGGCAGAAGAGCAUUCUGAACAAAUAAUUAAUAUAUCAUUAUUCAUUAUGCUCAAUUCCCUUAUUUUGCUACAAAUUUUAUAUGCUUAAUUUACUGGAGCGGCUAUGAACUGUCGCACAGCCGCUCCAGUAAAUUAACUCUGCCAGAAAUCUUAAUCGCUGCAGCUUUCAAAAAAUAUUCAUUACUGAGUACUGACUAAACCCACCUGUAUUGAAAAGGCACGAUUCCAAAAUUGAUCGUUUGUGAUGGAAUCCAAACCUAAAUUUAAGUAAAAAAAGUUGCAGAAUAAAGAAUUAUUUGUUGAGUUUUUGGAUCUCUGAAGGCUAAAAUUUCACAAUAAUAUCUGUCAUAUCUGAGUUAA